UACACCAGUGUAAUAGUGCAGCUAAAAAGAACAGGCCAUUUGUCUCAUUCUAACUUAUUGCAUUAGUGCAGCAGUGCAGCGAAAAACAGGCUUAACUUAACGUCAGAAUGUGUACGUUUUCUGAAGAUACCGUUAUGAUACAAUGAUACUUGUCAACACUCGCUACCCUUUCGUCAGAAGACAAUAAUACAAAUAAUUCAAACAGAAGAUAUUUCUAAAGAAAAAAGUGCAUGAAAGGAGAUAGAGUGGUAUAUAGCGUCACAAACGAAAUUGACGUAACGACAGCCAAAAGGAGCUCUUAACUAUGCCAGUUUUACCUAUGAGUUCAAAGCAUGUUUCUCACGAUGUUCAGCCAACGAAUCUAUACAAGAAUGAUAUCACGUUGAGUUACCAUGACUAUCUACUCAGGAAAUCGGAUGUCGCACUACUGGAGAAAAAUGACUGGCUUAAUGAUAUCAUAAUAGGAUUCUAUUUUGAAUAUUUAAAUCAACAAUAUAGAAAGAAUAGCCAAAGUCGGUUAUUGUUUAUCGGACCUGAAGUAGCUCAACUAUUAAAAAUGCAGGAUUCUUCGCAGUACAACAUAUUUCUUGAUCCUAUCGAGGCUAAGAGUUAUGACUUUAUAUUUUUCCCUCUAAAUGACUGUGAUAGCAAUGAGGCAGGUGGCUCUCAUUGGAGCUUAUUGAUAUACUCUCGUGUGGAAAAGAUGUGUUAUCACUUCGAUUCAUCAAUCGGUAUCAAUAACUUCUCCGCAAAGAAGCUUGCACGGAAAGUAAUAAAAUAUUUUCUUGAGAAACAAGAGAAAAGAUACAUUGAAAAGGACUGUCCACAACAAGAUAAUAGCUACGAUUGUGGCUUAUAUGUUUUGUGUUUAGCAGAUGUCAUAUCUAAGCAUGCUGUAAAUAGUUUUAAAAUAAGCGAUUGUGAUUGUAGUAUCAUCGCGGAAAUGGUCCCGAGAAAACGUAUUGACUUGUUAAAAUUAAUUUAUGAUUUGAAAAAUUCAUGUAACAAUGCAUAGCAGAGUUGCUAUUAAUAUUUAUGUUAAAAAUUCUAAUUACAAGCAAUA